AUGACCUCCCGCCUCUUACCACACCAAGGACAGGGUCCAGUCGCCCAGUUUCAAACCAAAUGCUGCAACAACCUGGCCAUCGACUAUGCUGACCAAAACUACUUUGCAUCUUCUGCCCUCGACAUCCCCGGUGUCAUGAUCUGGGAUCGCCGAGCCACUAGUCGACACAACGCCAACCAGUCCUACACGAAUGCCCUUGAACAGGACGGCCUUCCGUGGGGCGGGGCUUUGUGGCUUGACCGCGCGGUGCAGAACGAAAUAAAUCCUUCCGAUAGUGGGGACUCCUUCAUCCGUGCCCUCCGCUUUUGCCGUGACCAAGCGGGCUUGCUUGGUGUGCUCUCUCGGACUGGCCAGCUGAGGGUCUUGUCGACGCGACAGGAGUACUUCGAAGAGGAUGUCAAGGUAGACGGCAGUCCCGAGCUUCUCGAGGUCAGACGGUCAUACGAGCUGGACCCUCUCUACGCCGAAGCCAACCGCAAAAAUGACAAGAUCAUCUCGUUCGACUGGAUCACCCUGAGCUCGCCCGUUCUUCAGCCCCGGGCCUUGGUGCUUAGGGCGAAUGGCGCACUUGAUGUGCUGCAAAAGCCCUCCUUUACUUCAGAGCACCCCUUCCAGCUAAUACCAUGGCAGCCACCACAUCGGGGACAAGCCGAUGGGACCGAUUACCAGGAGCUGAUGAACUUCGAGUCGCCGCACGCACUUGACAUCUUUGGCCCCUUCUUGACUGAACAGGCCCUCUCCGACAUACCGUUGUUUGGGCCCCAAAAGGCGAACGUCAAGUCUCUCGUAGAACAGAGUCUGACAAACGUACCGCCCGAUGGACGUCUCGUUACGGAGGAAUCUAAGAGCAGCCCCUCAUUAUUGUUUGAGGAUGCAUCUCCAAUCGCCGACAAGCUCAAGGCUCUGAGGUUGGCUUCGAAGCAAGGGAAAGAACAGCCGGAUGAAGCGCUCCUAUCUCAGUUGGAGCAGCACGAGAAACUCCUCACUGAAACUAGGGAUAUGUCGGGUCUCUCGAGCAAAGAACGGUUUGCUCUUGAUCAUACGAUGCUUCUCCGCGCCCAAGAGGGCUACCGUUUUGACUUCGUCAAGAAUCAGAAGAUUGUUGCCGAUGACCCUUGGUUGAUGGAUGUUUGGGCCUGGGCUGCUGGCGCCGAAGCGGCGGCCGCUGACGGCGGGAUGAUAUCGCAUCCUCUAGACCUUGGUUAUAUGGGCGUCCACAGCGUCUGGACCAAUGAUCUGGUAGAGACCAAACGUUUGCAUCACAGAGAGAUGUGUCUCGAGAUAUGCGGCCUCGGCCGCCCCUACGAUGAAGAAUUCAAGCAAGCAAUGUCCAUGUCGGGUCCCGGAAGAGAGUCGACGUGGUACACUAUGGUCGCCGCCCAUGCCGUCUUCAGAGGAGAGGUAAAGCGGGCUGUACAGGUGUUGAAGAAGGCCAGCUCCGAGAACCCGGAGCUGCUGUUCGUCUCCCUAGCACUCCAACUGAUCGACAAGAACGGCGACGACGUCAAAACAGCACUGGACUUCGACGAAAGCGUGGCUUGUAAGACGGACCCUUACCUGCGCGCCAUAUCGGCCAUCAUUGCAACCGGAAACUGGGCCGAGAUCGCCGAUCAGAAAUCCCUACCUCUACGCGACCGUUGCUUCGUUGCCGUCCGCUACUUCAGCGACGACGCCCUCACCGCCUGGCUCGAUCAAGAAGUGGCCGCUGCGAUCGACACCGGCGACAUCAAGGGCAUCAUUCUCACCGGCCUGACGGACCCGCUCGUUGACAUCCUCGCGCGCUACGUGCACAAGUUCAACGACACGCAAACGGCCGCCCUCCUCCUCUCCACCUGCGCGCCGCGCUUCAUCGACGACAUCCGCGCCACGGCCAUGCGCAACGCCUACCGCCACUACCUCCAGCGCCACCGCGCCUUCUUCUUCCGCGCCAAGUUCGACGUCGAGUCCACCCUCCGCAGCAAGCACCACGGCCGCCCCACCGUGCCCCCGCCCUCCCGCCAGAUCGGCCUGCGCUGCGUCUACUGCGACGCCGAGUUCAAAGCCGAAGCCCUUUCCCCGCCCCACACCGCCACCGCCACCACCACCACCACCACCUCCUCCACUGCCAUUCCACCCCCCCUCCGAACCGGCAGCAGCGGAAUGGGCAUGGGCGGCUUCAAGCCCACCCCCACCGGCACCGGCAAUGGCGGCACUACCACCACCGGCACCACCACCGCCGUCCCCACCCCGACCUCCACCCCGGCCCCGACCCCGCGCACCGAAGCCCGCGCCCACCAGCAGCAGGCCAACCCCUACACCGAGAAGAUGGUCGCCAGCGGCAUCAGCUGCCCCAGCUGCAAGCAGCACCUGCCGCGGUGUGUGGUGUGUCUGGAGGUGGUGGGCAUGUCGCGCAGUGCUGUUGGUGCGGGUGGGAGCGGUGGGAGUGGGAGUGGGAGUGGGAGUGGGAGUGAUGCUGAGGCGCGGCGUCGCACUGCGCGGUUUCCGACGUUCUGUGUGGCCUGUGGCCAUGUGCUGCAUCUGGAUCAUGCGCGGGAGUGGUUUGCGCGGCAUCGCGAGUGUCCCGUGCCCGAAUGUAGGUGUCUGUGUAAUUCGAGGAUUAAUGAGGAGUUGGAGUAUGCUUAG